CGGUCUUCUUCUCCAUCUCACGGCAAAAGUCUCUGUUAUCGAGAAAUCUAGGGGUUCGUCUUUUUCUUCGUUAAUCUCGCGAAAAUCGUUUCCUUUUGAUCGAGAAAAGAUGAGUUCGACCGUUGCUGGUUCGACGAAGGGCGGCAGAGGCAAGCCCAAGGCAUCGAAGUCCGUGUCGCGGUCGUCGAAGGCCGGUCUCCAGUUUCCGGUGGGUCGGAUCGCCAGGUUCCUGAAGGUCGGGAAGUACGCCGAGCGUGUCGGCGGCGGAGCUCCGGUUUAUCUGUCCGCUGUUCUUGAAUACCUAGCCGCUGAGACAUUGGAGCUUGCUGGGAACGCCGCGAGAGAUAACAAGAAGAAUCGCAUAGUGCCGAGGCACAUCCAGCUUGCGGUGAAAAACGACGAGGAGUUGAGCAAGCUUUUGGGGUCUGUGACCAUUGCCAGUGGCGGAGUUUUGCCAAACAUCCACCAAACACUUUUGCCUAAGAAGGUGGGCAAAGGGAAGGGCGAUAUCGGUUCUGCUUCUCAAGAGUUUUAGGGCUUCCUAGUUUUUUUUUUUUUUUGGUCAUUACUACAGUGUAAUGUAGAGGGAAUUCUUCUGUUUUCUGCCUAGUGUUUUGUCUUCUGUCAAAUUAUCUUGUAUUUUGAUAACGGGUUUGUUAGCGUUUUGCUAAUCAAUCUAUUUAUAAUAUUAUUUGAUGGGUUUAUUCCA